AUGAAGCUCCCUAUCACUUUUAUUAGCAUGCUCGCCCUCUCCUCCGCGCUGACUCUCACCCCGCGAGCAGCGGAAGGGGACCCCGUCGUUGAAUGCGGCGACCUCGACGUUAUGACCGUCGACCCAGCCGACCUCCCCGCAGGCGUCGCCCCUAGCGACGUCCGUAAAUGUCUGGACCACCCGCUCGGCCGGAACCGGCUCGUUAAGGGCGCAUCGCUGGCGCCGCUCGACGCGGUGGAUGCCUCGUUCUACAACAGCACGGUGGACACAGACACCAGCCCUGUGGAGGCUCGCUCAGACGGCCUCGGCGGCCUGCAGGAACGGGCGUGCUAUAAGGAUGCGCCAUAUGGGUGCUCUGGUGGAUAUUGCUGGAAGGCCUGCGGGGAUACGAAUAAGGGCGAGUGGUGCUGGACAGCGGCGAAAGCCGGCUUGGGCGCUUGGAUUAAGUGCAGUAAAUGGCAAGACUGUGGGACUGCGACGUAUGCGUGUGGGAGGGGAGGGUGUCCAUCCUGUGGGUGCGGUUGCUAG